CAUAAUGUCCAACGUCUAGUAUCUGCUUUUUCCUGAGAAUAGCCCAACACCUGCAGGGUGUGGUCAUUAUUGGACACCCCCUCACUUUCUGUGGAAUGCUACAGCCCUCAUGUAUAUAAGCCCAGGUACUGGCUGAUGUGUACCAUUGUGUUGAGAACUUUGCAAAAAUGAGUGGUGGGCAGCAGGAGCCUGAACCCAGGUCACCUACUAAAGAGGAUCAAGAUAUUCUUGACAAGGUGAAAGAACAGUUUGUGAAACGGUCCGGGACGAACCCCAGUGAAUUUCAGGCAAUCCUCGUCAGUACUAUGGUUGCUAAUAGCAUAAUAAGCUUAGGAUAUCUUUUCAAGGUUUACACCGGAGGGGACACUUAUAGUCACCUUAAAGUUCAUUACACCAAUCAUCUACAGCGGGGGCCAAAUCUGGAGAAUUUCCUACUGAAUAAGACGAAGGAUGAGAAGCUGGAGUUUUUCUUAGAUGGAGAUGAUAACCGAGAAUGAACAUUAAGAAUCCUCGAAGUACAAAUAUUCCCCCAGUUCACUUUUUAGUCGCCACAAAAUUCCUAAUGAAAUCAUACUGACCCUCAAUCACGUCAUCGCGUACCAGGAGGUGGAUGUCCAUGCCGGUUUGGUGAUUAUUUUUACGCUGGCAUCUCUUUUAACCUUGUGUAAGUGUAUUUCUUUAUGCAAUAAAGCAUUUUAACACUAUAA